AUUGUGGUUGACGUGCACCGGCACCAAAAAAAUCCUCCGCAACGUCGAUUUGGAUUGAAUGGAAGGCGUGGCGGUGGCGGCGCUCCGCUCCGUCAUGCUCCGGGUCCGCCAAGCUGCUGAGCGCUCCGGCAGGCGGCCCGAGCUGGUACGGGUCGUGGCCGUGUCCAAGACCAAGCCCGGGUCCCUGAUCCGGGAAGCAUACGACGCCGGCAACCGAUGCUUCGGGGAGAACUACGUCCAGGAGAUCGUCGACAAAGCUCCUCAGCUUCCUGAGGAUAUAGAGUGGCAUUUCAUUGGGCACUUGCAGAGCAACAAAGCGAAGACACUCCUCUCUGGGGUUCGGAACUUGGCCAUGGUCGAGGGCGUGGAUAACGAGAAGGUUGCAAAUUACCUAGAUCGGGCAGUUUCAAGCCUUGGGAGGAAUCCUUUGAAAGUAUUGGUCCAAGUUAAUACCAGUGGAGAAGUAUCAAAAUCUGGUGUGGAGCCAUCGAACUGUGUGGAGCUUGCCAAGCACGUGAAACUCCGAUGCCCGAAUUUGGAAUUUUCCGGCUUGAUGACCAUAGGGAUGCCUAACUAUACAUCAACCCCGGAGAACUUCAGGACACUUUCAAAUUGCAGAGCUGAGGUCUGCCAGGCACUUCGAAUGGCAGAGGAGCAGUGUGAGUUGUCAAUGGGCAUGUCCGGUGAUUUCGAGCAAGCAAUUGAAAUGGGCAGCACGAAUGUCCGGAUUGGUUCAACCAUCUUUGGCCCAAGGGAGUACCCGAAGAAACAGCCUAAUUAGUCCCGUUGAUUCUCCUCUCCUGCAUGAUAUGAUAUGUUGUGUAACUUGUUUGUACUAUUACACCUCAUCUGGAGUCAACUUUGCAAAAAAAUAUCGGUUGAUUUCUAGUUUGGAAUCAUUUGUUGCGAAAAAUGAUUUCAAUUAAUAUUCAAUUCAUUGUAAUUCAAUUACACUAUUUCGAAUGUUGUGAUCAAAAUCAAAUCAUUAUAAUUGAAUUA